AGGGAAACUGGGCUUUAUAGGCAUGUCGUUGGUCGUACCGGCUGCGUUGCUUUCGAUAAUGAACGAUGGACGGUUGGACUCCAUAUACUUGCGCCAGUGCGGGGACGUUGCGGAUCGCUGAACAUCUACGCCCUCGAAACACUCGCCGGAGUGAUGUGAGCUUCCGUGCUGAAAUGCUCGCACGCGCCGUCGACGACACUGACUCGGAGUUAUCUUAGCCGCAGAGCAGGAGUCCCGCCAUUUUCCCUCCCACGGUCGCGAUCGGCCCCGGGAAUCGCAGCCCUCGUCGGUCGCACAUAACUCCGUUCCAGAAUGGUGGCUUCGCACCCCCAGCCAACUCGGUGGCCGGCCAAAACAGCUUCCACGGCUCCGCGAGCGGCCCGAUCAACUCCCAGCUUCCUCCCUCAGCUGCGUCACACAUGUUCUUGAAACGAAAUCUCGGCCUCGGUUCUCAGAUGCAACACAGCCAACUGGCUUUGCCCAUGGAGCCGAAUGUCUGGGCCCCAGAUAUGGCUACCACCGAUGCUAGAAAUGACGCCGAAUCGUGGUUAUGGGUCGAUCCGGGGAUGUCUGCGUUUGGCCAUCGCGUACCGCAGCCGCAUACAAAGGGUUAUAUAUCGAAUGACUCUAAUGGGUAUCAGGGCUGGGAGAUGAUAGAGCGCCAGAACCAAAGCGCCGGAGUGGCCCUUCCGGAUUCCAGAGACUACAUAGACCUGUUCGAUAUGGACGUCAACGAGUUGUCACCGGAUAACAUAUUUGCGAUCUUCCUCACUGAGUUUCCCAGCUUCUCCGCUAUCACGCGCCGAGAGGUCCCCGCACCCCAGGCAAUCAAAUCCAGAUCGUACCUCGAUGGAGACACCUUUAACGUCUCGUUCGCGGCCGUCUGCGGAUUCUGCGACGACGAGAUUCGCUUGGGAGCCUCAACUGUCCGAGAGAUGCUGAUUCUCUGGGAAUCGCACAUCGCCUCCAGUGUCACCAUGAACUGCGUCGGGCUCGACCCCGUCUUCACUCCCCCACAUCCCACAUCGCAAGAUGACGUCUGGUUGAUGGGACUGGGCGCUCCGUGGCUAUCGCCGGAUCAACCCCCGCCUCAGCCGCGGACCUACAUAGCACCGACGGGUGCUCCCCUGACCGAUCGCGAUCGUGCUACCGCACUGGAAAGGUAUCUCUCGGAACCUUCCGAGGCGGGGCACGCGAGCAUGCAAGACAUUGUGAGCGCCGCCUCGAAGUCAAACUACUCGGCGUCGGAGCGGUCUCGGGCGUCGUCGCGCCAGCGCGGGGGUGCAUACACCGGCAGCGCGCCGUCGAUGAUAUCCACGCAGAGCGGCUACAUAACCUCGCGCUCGGGGCGAUCAGCAGGAUCACGACUUUCGCUCGCGCGGCGCCGACGCAAGACGGCCCGUCACCGCCACGGGACAUCGCGUGGGCGGUCAAGCGAGUCGCAGACGUCGCCGGAACUGGACCCGCACUCCGACACGGAGUGCGAUCUCGCGCGCACCGCCGCCGACAGGCCGAAGGGUCCAUUGACGUUCUUCUGCACGUUCUGUCGCGCGCCGCCGUUCACGAAGCAGGGGAACUGGGCGCGCCACGAAGAGGAUAUCCAUCUCGGGCUCCCGAAGUGGAUCUGCGCGCCGCGCGGCCCGCUCACGGAACAGAAAUGCUGUGUCUACUGCCGCAAGAAGGACUCCCAGUGUCGGUGUGUGUGGGACUGCGCGCACAAGCCGGCUAGCCACCGGACUUUUGGACGGAAGGGACAUUUGAAACAGCACCUGGAGCGCGUUCAUGGGAUCUCCGUGUGGCAUGAGAAGUACGAUUCGUGGCAUGAGCCGACUCCACCGCCGGCGCAGUCGAGGUGUGGGUUCUGUGGGAUCUGGUUCGAUGAUUGGGCAGAGCGGAAGGCGCAUAUCGCACUCGCUUUCAGGAACGGGAAGAAGAUGCAUAUGUGGAAGGGGGAUUGGGGGCUGACGGAUGACUGGAUGAAGCAGUUGGAGGGGGCUGUCUUGCCGGACAAAAGAAGGACGCCGUGGAAUCUGGCGGUGGAAUAUAUCCAACCGAAUGCGGAGCGUGGGCAUCAGAGGCCGUAAUGAAACGUGGAUGUCGAUUUGAUUCCCUUCAUGAGGCCAUCCAAGCGAGAGGCCCCCCGCAUGAAUUUUCUUUUUCACUGAGCGUAGACAAGUUUUUUACAGUGAGCCUCUCUGGGAGUAACUACUAUCCGAGUUUAAAGCGGCUUUCAAUUUCUUUCAUCCACGAUCGUUAAAAGUUGCACCUUAUCCAAGAA